GCAACUUUCCUACCUACCACUGAUCUCACUUUUAGUCCCAUACUGCUCGUCGAGUUGGUAGCAUAUGGUUGGUAGCACGUACGGUUAGCACCAAGUGAUUAGGUCUUGGGAGUUUCGUAGAGUCUGCGAUUAGGAUCUAGCAGGUCACAUGAUUCACAUGUUUGUCACUUCAAUGAAGUUUAACUGCUAUAAUUGUUUGCUUUACAUGCUAAAUAUGGUAACAACCGUGCCCUGCGGUGACCGCAAGGGGGUCACUAUGAUCGAUUUGUUUGAAACACAAAGCAGGAUUUUCUGUUCUACAUGUAGAAAUCCCGUAAUGUCUGCAAAAUUAAACCAGCUUGUACCAAAUUCACCACCACUCUUUUCCCUGGACGUGCAUUCGGAUGCAUGUUUGACUGACUAUUUUCUUUUCUUUGAAAGAUUGUUUGACUGACUUACACUGUAAGUACCCUGCGUGUCACUUGGGUCAGGACUAUGACAGCGAUGCUAACCGUGACCUGAGGGGACCGCAGGAUUAGAUGAUCGAUGUGUGUGUGUGGGGUACAAACAUUUUGGUCUGAUAACUAUAUACUUGAGAAGAGGACAGACCUAGCUAGCUUGACCUGAUAUUUCCAGGACGUGUGGCACUAACAUUAUGGUCUGAUAGCUAUAUUAUUGACUGUUGACUAUACUUGAAUGAUUGAUGAAGGUGUGGCACCAAAAACAGGAUAAGAUCCUGGAGAAAUUGAAGUCCAUAUAAUUCACCACCCACUUUAAUUUGCACCGCACAGAAGCAAAUCACAACAGAUCAAUAGACAGACAGACAGGCAGCUGAUCAAUGGCCUCUUGCAUCCCCAUCAUCGCUCUAUUAGCGCUGAUAUCGGCCGUCUCAGCUUCUUCUCCGGGUCCUAUCAGCGGCAAUGGCAGCGAUGCGGACCUCGCCGUGCUGCUGGCUUUCAAAGCCCAGAUCGCUGACCCUCUCGGCAUCCUCGCCGGCAGCUGGGCAGCCAACCGAUCCUUCUGCCUCUGGGUUGGGAUCACUUGCAGCCACCGCCGGCGACGUGUGACUGCGUUGUCGCUGCCGGACACUCUCCUCCUUGGAUCCAUAUCUCCUCAUGUCGGUAAUCUCACUUUCCUCUCCGUCCUCAACCUGACCAACACCAACCUCGCAGGCUCCAUCCCAGACGAACUUGGUAGGCUAAGCUGGCUUCGAUAUCUUUCUCUCAGUGGAAACACCCUAUCCAAUGGUAUUCCUCCAGCCCUUGGAAACCUCACAAAGCUCGAGUUCCUUGAUCUAGGUCGCAACCAACUCUCGGGCCAGAUCCCUCCUGACCUGCUGUUGUGUUUACAAAACCUUAGGAACAUUUCUCUCAAGGGGAAUUACUUGAGUGGCCAGAUACCACCCAAUAUGUUCAAUAACACGCCUUCCUUGAGGUACAUCCGCCUCGGAAACAACAGCUUAUCAGGUCCUAUACCUGACAGUGUUGCCUCCCUCUCCAAGCUUGAGUUUAUGAACCUGCAAUUUAAUCAGCUCUUGGGCCCGGUCCCACAAGCCAUGUACAACAUGUCCAAGUUGCAAGCGAUGAUCCUCCCGUAUAACGACUUAACGGGGCCAAUUCCGGACAAUCGAAGUUUUAGCCUACCAAUGUUGCAAAUUAUUUCCCUUAAUUCCAACAAAUUUGUCGGGCGGUUUCCCUUGGCGCUUGCCUCGUGUCAGCACCUUGAAAUACUUUCUCUGUCCGACAAUCAUUUUACAGAUGUUGUACCGACAUGGGUAACCAAAUUUCAACAUCUCAAAUGGCUUUCCUUGGGUAUUAACAACCUUGUUGGCUCGAUCCAGUCUGGUCUUAGCAAUCUCACCGGUCUUUGUAAACUAGACCUCAACCGCGGCAACCUGAAAGGGGAGAUUCCGCCAGAAGUAGGUCUAUUGCAGGAACUCUCGUAUCUCCAUUUUGGAGGCAACCAACUAACAGGUAUAAUUCCAGCUUCCCUUGGUGACUUGUCCAAAUUGUCCUACCUAUAUCUAGAAGCAAAUCAAUUGUCCGGUCAAGUGCCUAGAACGCUUGGUAAAAUUGCAGCUUUGAAAAGGCUUCUUCUAUUUAGCAACAAUUUAGAGGGAGAUUUGGACUUCUUGCCUGCUCUCUCCAAUUGCAGAAAACUCGAAGACCUUGUCAUGUCGCAAAAUUAUUUCACGGGUACCAUCCCAGAAGGUGUGGGAAACCUCUCUACUAAAUUAAUCACUUUUCGUGCAGGUUACAACAAGUUAACUGGUGGACUUCCAUCUACACUCUCAAACUUAAGCAACCUAAACUGGAUAGAUGUUUCUUACAACCUACUCACUGAGGCAAUCCCAGAAUCCAUCACCUCGAUGGAAAAUCUCGUGGUGCUUAAUUUGUCCAGAAAUAACAUUCUAGGCCCUAUCCCAACAAAAAUCAGUAUGCUCAAGAGUCUAGAGAGACUGUUUCUCGAUGGAAACAAAUUCCUUGGCUCUAUUCCAAGCAACAUCGGUAACCUCAGCAGGUUAGAAUAUAUUGAUUUAUCCAGUAAUUUAUUAAGUUCAGCGCCACCUGCAAGCUUGUUCCAACUUGACAGACUCAUCCAACUAAAUAUUUCUUACAAUUCCUUUUCUGGUGCGCUACCGGCUGAUGUUGGUCAGCUAACACAAAUCAAUCAAAUAGACCUUUCUUCCAACUCCUUGAUUGGAAGACUCCCAGAAUCAUUUGGACAACUUAUGAUGAUAACCUACCUAAAUUUGUCACACAACUCGUUUGAAGGCCUCGUUCGAGACUCACUUGAAAAGCUAACUAGCUUAUCAUCGUUAGAUCUCUCCUCCAAUAAUCUCUCUGGUACCAUUCCUAGAUUUCUUGCCAAUUUCACAUACUUGACUACCUUGAACCUCUCCUUUAAUAGGCUAGAUGGUCAGAUACCCGAGGGAGGUGUUUUCUUCAACCUCACAUUGCAAUCUUUGAUUGGUAAUCCUGGGCUUUGUGGGGCUCCACGCCUUGGAUUUUCUCCAUGUCUUGAUAAAUCUCUUUCAAGUAAUAGACAUUUGAUGAACUUUCUACUCCCAGCUGUCAUCAUAACUUUUAGCACAAUUGCUGUUUUCUUAUACCUAUGGAUCAGAAAGAAACUUAAGACAAAGAGAGAGAUCAAAAUUUCUGCCCAUCCAACCGAUGGAAUAGGCCAUCAGAUAGUCUCCUAUCACGAGCUCAUUCGUGCCACCAACAAUUUUAGUGAAGAUAACAUCUUGGGAUCAGGAAGCUUUGGAAAAGUCUUCAAGGGCCAGAUGAACAGUGGCUUGGUGGUCGCCAUAAAAGUUCUGGACAUGCAGCUGGACCAGGCCAUCCGUAGUUUUGAUGCCGAAUGUCGAGUCCUUAGCAUGGCACGGCACCGCAACCUGAUACGGAUACACAACACCUGUUCUAACCUAGACUUCAGAGCGCUUGUGCUUCCGUACAUGCCAAAUGGCAGCUUAGAGACGCUCCUACACCAAUAUCAUAGUACAAUUCACUUGGGGUUCCUUGAGAGGCUGGGCAUCAUGCUCGAUGUGUCGAUGGCAAUGGAAUAUUUGCACCAUGAGCACUACCAGGUGAUACUGCACUGUGACUUGAAGCCUAGCAAUGUGCUUUUUGACGACGACAUGACUGCACAUGUGGCGGACUUUGGCAUUGCCAGGUUGCUUCUAGGUGAUGACAACUCCAUGAUAUCUGCGGGCAUGCCUGGAACAAUUGGGUACAUGGCACCAGAGUAUGGGUCUCUUGGAAAAGCAUCACGGAAAAGUGACGUGUUCAGCUACGGGAUCAUGCUCCUUGAAGUCUUCACGAGACGGAGGCCCACAGAUGCAAUGUUCGACGGAGAACUAAGCCUUAGGCAGUGGGUUGACAAGGCAUUUCCUGGAGAGCUUAUCCAUGUCGCUGAUGUCCAAUUGCUUCAAGACUCCUCCUCUAGCUGCAGUGUGGACAACGACUUUCUUGUGCCCGUACUCGAGCUAGGUUUGCUAUGCUCUUGUGAAUCGCCCGAGGAAAGGAUGACGAUGAACGAUGUGGUUGUGAAGCUCAGGAAGAUCAAAACGGAGUACACCAAACGGAGAGCGGCGGUGCAGACUUCCGAGUGCCGCACAGCAGCACAGCAGUGAUUCGUCACCCUUUUUAUAUCCGUCAAUGUCUCUUUGUGGAUUCCCUUUUCUGUUCUUUUUUCUUUUCGGAUAGGGAUGUAUCAGGUUCUUCUGCAAUAAGAACAACACAAGGCCUUGCUGCCUUGGGCUAGAUGGGUCUGUGUAUUGGGCGAACUGAGCCUAGCUCAGGUAGGAAUCAGCCCACCAAGGUUUAAGUCCCAGACUUGGUAUGAGUGCUUGCAUUUUCUGGAUUUAUUUCAGACUUUAA